AUGGACACUGACCUGACUAAACCUAUAAAGCCAAAUAUGGAACCAGGGAUCUCCAACCAGUCAUUCAUUUUCUCCUACACUGACUUUACUCUCUUGGGUUUCCCUGGGAUAUCUCGAUGGAGGCCCCUCCUGGCAAUCCCAUUCUUCUCCGUCUACUUAGUUAUAUUGAUUGGGAAUUCUCUCAUCAUCCACCUGAUUUACAAUGAGAAGACCCUCCAUUCCCCCAUGUAUUUUCUCAUCUCUGUGUUCUUUGCCAGUAACAUGGGUGUUACUACAGCCAUAUUGCCAAAAUUCCUCCUAGACUUGUUAUUUCAACUCAACCAAGUUUCCCUGACUGGCUGUCUUCUGCAGAUGUUUUCUAUUUACUUCAUGUCCUUAUGUGAGUCUGGCGUUAUGCUAUUAAUGUUCUUAGACAGAAACAUAGCAAUCUGUAGGCCACUGCAUUAUCAUAACAUCAUGACAAAGAACUUCUUGGUCUCACUCACACUCAUUGUAAUAGCUCGGAGCUUCGCCCUGGUUUGCCCAUUUGUCAUAUUUACCUCUAUGACCCAGUUCUGCAAGUCAAACAUGAUUUUGCAUUUUGCAUGUGAACCUCUGGCAAUUCUCAGUCUUGUAUGUGGAGACACCACCAAACUAGAGACAGUUGGGCUGAUUAUACGCAUUCUUGUUCCUGUACUUGAUGGAAUUCUACUCAUGAUUUCCUUCAUAUCCAUACUCUACACAGCCAUGAAAAGUGCCACUGGGAAAUCCCGAUACAAAGCUCUUAACACCUGCGGGACCCACUUCAUUGUGGCAAUUGUGGCCUCCCUGUGUUCCCUGGCAUAUUCCAGCGUGUGGAAGAUGGAAACCGUUUCAGUAGAUGUCAAGCAUCUGUUCACUGCACUCUACAUAAUGCUACCAGCUUCCUUAAAUCCCUUUAUAUAUGGAGUGAGGGUUUCGGAGAUCAGAAAGAGUCUGGUUAAAUCCUGGGAAAAAAGAACAAAUUAUUCUCAUCAUGAGAUGGGAGCCAUUCCCAGCCUCAUACCAAGCCUGAAGCAGGGACCUAAGUAG